AUGUCGACGGCCACUCAACAGGUCGGCGCUUCUGCUGCCAACCUUCCUUACACCUGCAACACCUGCCUGGUCGCUUUCCACCGCAGCGAUGCACAGAGAGAUCAUAUGCGAAAGGACUGGCACUUGUAUAACAUGAAGCGCCGUAUUGCCUCUCUCCCACCAGUGUCCCUGGAAGUUUUCAACGAGAAGGUCCUUGCCGCCAAAGCGAACUCGACCGAAGCCGCCGCCAAAGCCUCUUUCGAAAAGACCUGCCACCCUUGCCAGAAGACUUUCUACAGCGAGAACUCCUACCAAAAUCACAUCAAGAGCUCCAAGCACAAGCAGCGCGAGAACCGCUUGAGGAAGGAGGGUGACGAUGCAUCAGUCCUGAGCUCGGCGUUCUCUAUGGGAGAGCCAGUCAGCAAAUCGAACGAGACCGAGAUCGCUAAGGUUACCGAUGGUCUCAAGUCUGCCACCAUUCAAGAAGAGGAUGAGGAUGUAGAGAUGCAAACCGAUAAGACCGAGUUCUCGGUCUCCCGUUGUCUCUUCUGUUUGGCCGAUUCCGCCGAUGUCCAGGCCAAUAUUAAGCACAUGUACAAGAGUCAUGGAAUGUUUGUUCCUGAACAAACUUACCUUGUUGAUCUCGAUGGACUUCUCAAUUACCUCUACCGCAAGAUCACUGAGAACCACGAAUGUCUCUACUGCCAUGCCAUUCGCAACAACGCCGAAGGAGCUCGCAGUCACAUGCGUGACAAAGACCAUUGCAAGAUCGCCUUUGAAGCUGAGGAGGAGCAGAUCGAAAUUGGACAAUACUACGACUUCCGCAGCACCUAUUCUGACGGAGAAGAUGAUGAGGAAGACGAGGACAUGGCUGAUGCCGGUGGCGUCAAGGUGAAGGGCUCCGACGGAGAUGAUGAUGGAUGGGAGACUGAUGCCUCCUCGGUGGAUGACGAUGACGAGAUUGACUCGCGCCGCAAAGCACCUGUCAUCUACCAGGAUGAGUAUGAACUCCAUCUACCAUCCGGCAGGAGCGUCGGUCACCGCUCGCUCGCCAAGUACUUCCGCCAGAACCUGCACAAUUACCCUACCGCAGAAGAGAGAUUUGAACGACAGCUGGCUAUUGCGAACGGAGAGAUCGAAGAGGAAGAGAAGCCCCGCGGCCGCAACCAGAACCGCGCUCUCGUUUCUCGUGCCAAUGGUGGCACCGGUAUGAUCGGUACCACCGACCACCAGAAGCAGACCGUUCUUACCGCGGAGCGUCGUGAGCGGACUCGUGCCCUCCGGUCCGAGAACCGUUACCAUGCUCGCCUCGAGAGAGCCAACAACUCCCAGAAGCACUUCCGCGAUCCCCUCCUCCAGUGA